UAACAAUUUUGGAGGUUACAAAAAGGAGAAGCGUCGUGCGUCACGGACCAGAUCGGUCAAAAUCAUUUGCAGUCAUGGCGCGUUCCUUGGCUACUCUUCUGAUGAGUGCAUUGGUCCUUGGGACCAGCGCUGGGGACACCGAAGUGCCGAAGAGUUUGGGUAAGUUUUCCUGGGAGCGGCUGCUCUCUCCAGCCGGGGGUAGACAACCCCGGGCCAGUAACGGACAGACGGACUUCAAUGCAGCCGAGGUCAAGAAGAUACUGACUAAACACAAUGAGCUUCGGGCCUCGGUGUCGCCGGGGGCCUCCGACAUGAAAUACAUGACCUGGGAUGCCAAUCUGGCUUCCAUGGCCCAGCGGUGGGCCGACCGCUGCCGAUUUGAGCACGGCCAAGCUAUCAACCCGUCUUCCUUUGAUCCGGUGGGGCAGAACAUCUUCGUGCGGGGUGGCAACCCCAACAAGCCGCCCCCAGCCUCCGACUUCGUGCAGUUCUGGUAUUCCGAGGUGUCUGGCUACCACUAUAGCAGUAACGAAUGUUCCGGCGAUGGCAGGGAGUGUGGGCACUAUACGCAGGUUGUAUGGGCAGAUUCUCACAAGGUUGGAUGUGGAGUCAAGUUCUGCUCUAGUAUUGGCAAUGAGAGAAAUGCAUGGUUCGUUGUAUGCAAUUACGGACCGGCCGGGAAUUUCCACGGUGAGAAGCCUUAUCAAACGGGCGCUGUCUGUAGUCAGUGCGGUGACGAUACACCGUUCUGCUUCCGUGGUUUGUGUCAUCGAUGCAACCCCCAGUCAAACUCUGAAUGCACUUGUGCUAAAAGAUGCAAAAACUGCGGCACUCUCAACUCGAACAGAUGCACCUGCAGCUGCCCUAAUGGUUUCCUUGGUUCAGACUGCGGAGAGGUCUGUGAAGACACUCACAGGUAUUGUCACCAGAACCCCGGUUGGCCCGACGCGUCCUUCUGUUCCUUUGACCCCAUGGUACCAGUAGGAUGCCCACUAAUGUGUGGCGAGUGCAGAGCCCGAGACAGGAACUACCAUUGUGCCAACCCGAAUGGUUCCGGUGGGAGCGCACCACCCCGACCGGCAAGUGGUGGAGGGACCGGAGCUACCAAGCCGAAGAAGAAAAAGAAGAAGAACAAGAAAAACAAGAAAGGCAAGAAAGGCAAGAAAGGCAGGAAAGGCAAGGGCAAGAAGAAAGGCCGACGUCCCAGGUCGCUUCUUGACCAAAUGCCGUGGUAGAAUCCAACAGAUCAAGAUCGUUAAAAACCCAAUUAUUCAAGGAAAUGGUCAAGGCAUUAAUUUGUCUGCUGUGCUACGCACUCGUAUUAACACAUCCCAUGGCUUGAGAAGAAAGUGCCAAUUUAAUUCUCCGCCGGUCUCCCGUACUCGUUUCAGCGUCAUUACUGGCGUUCAAUAUAAUGACAAAAUAAAGAUGCCUUAUAAUAGUCCGUGUUGUCAUUGCACUUUAAUUUUGAAUCACUAAAAUCAGAGCAUGAAUUCAAACAUCAAGGCUGAACAGGAUUCUUUUAAUCAAUACAAAUCGUCAGCCUUCGACAGACUUGUACAUCAUGUGUACUGACUUUAUGUCAUGGAUUUCUUUAUAUCCCUUUUAAUUAAUCGUUACUUAAGCUGUACAUAAAAAAUGCAAGUGUACUAAUCGUGAAAGAAGGGAAAGUAAUUCGCUUUGUUAUGAAACAGGUAUUUUUGAUUGCCAGUUGUGUCAAAUUAACCAUUUUAUAUCCAUGUUGGAGCUGGAAUACACCAGAUAUAGGAAUCUCUGUCUGGUGUAUUCCGGCGCCAACAUUUUUAUAGCAUUAAUACCGGCAUUAAGAGCUAGCUCGUUUUAAGAGCAUUCGCGGCUAUAAUUCAAUUGCAUGCCUGACUUAGUGAAGCAAUAUUUCUCCAUACUAUAUUUGUAUGUUUUAAUUAUUCUUUUAAAAAUGAUUAAAAACAGAAAAAAUUGAAA